ACGCGCAGGGCCACAGCAUCUUCGCAAAAGACUUCCACGACAUCACCAUCGUCAAGUGGCAGCUCAAAGGGCAGGAGAUAGCAGUUAUCACGGCAUACCUCACGGCAUCGAUUAGAUUUACGGGUGAGAAUAUUCGCAAGAUGAAGCACCUCUUGCAGCUCACGCGCAGCCUGGGCAACACACCCUGGAUUAUCUGCGGAGACUUCAACAACACACCCCAGGAGUUCGAGGCAGUGCGAGCACAGCAUGACGUCCCAUGGUCACCGCACAUAGGCAUCGUCAUAGAGAUCUUUGCCAAGCCGAACAUGAUCACCAUCCGAAAGCCCAUGCUCCCAGCUAAGAAGCCCAUCCCUACCACGGAGGUGCGGCGGGUUCAAGAGUCGCUGGCAUACAAGCAGAACCCGAGGAUGAGCGACUUGCUCGGCAAAGCAUACGGCAAAUGGGCGAAUGCAGCGGAGAGGGCGCUGGCUACGGUCACGCAGAACCCGAUCAAGGCGAAGGCGAGGAGGGGGCAACCAAUCCGCUAUCGCGAGGCACCAUUCCCACAGCACGUUGCGAGCAAGCAGGUCGAAGACACAGCGGCAGAUAGACAACGACAAGUCAGUACUUUAUGGUCGAAGCUAUAUCAGCGAUGCCACGAUGGUGAACUUUUACUCAGGAGGCACCCGAUCGAUAGCCAGAAGCACCUGGACACGAUCAGCAAUAUCAUCAGGACCUAUGUCAACCAGUUGGACUCCUUCGACACAGUUGAAGGGGACGAAGCAGCACACCUUGAUAGACAAGCGAGACGCCUAGCGUCCCGCGUCACCAGCCUCCGCCACAACCCUGAGCCGGAGAAUACCAUCGAGAAUAUCCAAGAGUGGCAGGAGGCUAAGGAGUUGACGAGGGCACGCAUGGACUGGCAUAUGCGGAAUCUCUGGAAGAAAGUCAGAGAGCAAGUUGGCCAAUGGACCAGGGCGGCGUUGUCAGGCAGCAUGAAG